UGCGGGGGCAUUGUGGAUGGGCCUGGCUGCUGCGCCGUGGAGAAAAACGUGCAUGCAUCUCGUGUGGUGUGUCAUUGACAAACAAACCGAGCCAACGUUCACAGAAACGCUUCUCUGUGUUUUAUACAAGCGCUGCAUACAAAUAGCACCAACAAAAAGAGGGAUUCAUAAAGGGCUCGCGGCAUGCAUGCACGCGUUACUGUGCGCGCGGAUAUUCGAAGGUGUUGGAGGUUUUCGAGUAAUUAAAAGUGGACCUAUGGAGCUGCUGCUGGCACACGGAGGGCUGGGCUGUGACUUCUGACUGCCUGCAUUGUUGCAUGUUUCCUCGAAUGGAAUAAUUGUCCUCCUCAUUCAUCAAAGGAAUAUUAUUGAUUGACCCUCCGUUUCACUCUCAAUGGUGCUUGAAGGAGAGAUGGACGGCAUAGGGAACAACAUGCAGAAGAAGGCUGCAGAGCUGGAGCGGCUCGCCGAGGUGCUCGUCACCGGAGAACAGCUGAGGCUGAGGCUCCACGAGGUGAAGGUGAUCAAGGAUCGGCGGCACCACCUGCGAACUUACCCAAACUGCUUUGUGGCCAAAGAGCUCAUCGAUUGGCUGAUCGAACACAAGGAGGCCUCUCCGACCGAGACAAAACGGCUAUCACGAUUAUGCAGAAGCUUUUUGGACCAGAGCAUCAUUCACCACGUGUGUGACGAGCACCGGGAGUUCAAAGACCUGAAGCUGUUUUAGAUCGCUUCCGGAAAGGACGACGGCAACGUUCCCGUUGGACAGUGAGGCCAAAAGUCCUUCAUGAGGGGGCAGAGGAUCUAUGAGAAGUUGAUGAACACAGAAAACACCUUGUUACAAACCAGGGAGGAGAGAGGCGGCACGUAUGAGCGAGCGCUGGUGGGCUCUGAGUUCAUUGACUGGCUACUGCAGGAGGGCGAGACGGCCAGGGAGGAGGCGGAGCAGCUGGGGUGCAGGCUCCUGGAACAUGGCAUCAUCCAGCACGUCACCAACAAACACCACUUUGCCAAUGGACCCCUGCUCUUCCAGUUCAGGAUGAAUUUCCGUAGACGACGGCGGUUGAUCGAACUUCUUCACGAGCGCAGCCGCUGCAUCCCCGAGAGUCACGACAGCCCCUUCUGUCCUCCCUCCGCAAACAGAACUCAGAUUGGAGGCAACACCAGCUUCCUCUCAGUGAGUCCCACUAAAGAGAUUAAGGUGGCGGUGGGAGUCCGGCGGAGCAGCAUGAGCAGCAGCUGUGGCAGCAGCGGGUAUUACAGCAGCAGUCCCACGCUCAGCAGCAGUCCACCUGUGCUUUGCAACCCCAAAUCUGUUCUGAAAAGACAAGUGAGCCCAGAGGAGCUGCAGACACUAGGAGGAUCUUUUAUAAAGAAGACAUUCACUAUUGUGGGUGAUGCUGUGGGCUGGGGCUUCGUGGUGCGAGGCAGCAAACCCUGCCACAUCCAGGCUGUGGAUCCCGGUGGACCUGCAGCUGCUGCUGGCAUGAAGGUGUGUCACUUCGUGGUGUCGGUGAAUGGGCUGUGCGUCCUCUCUCACGACUACCGGACCGUCAGCAGCCUGAUCCUAACCGGGCCCCGGACAAUCGUCAUGGAGGUGAUGGAGGAGUCAUAAUUUCGAGGAGAGCCGCGACUGAAUCCCUCAUAGACGAGUAGUGCAGUAACAACGGCGGCACUUGAAGGUUUAGUCCUUGACCUCCAAAACCACAACAGGACAGAGCAACAUGGACGACUUUAAGGCAUACUCUUUCAGUUCCAAAGGUGGACGACUGAGACACAGAGUAUGUCCAAGAAAGUGGUCUUUAAGUGAAGUAAAUUAUUAUACCUGCAGACCUAACAUGCUGGUGGUACUUCAGUUUUUUCUUUGAAUUUACAGGUGCACGCAUAAAACAAGUAAAGGGUAAGAUCCAAAGUGCCCUCAAAGACUCACACAAGGAGUUUUAAUAGAGAAGCUACUUUAUGUGUGAAAUGGGAAGCCCAUGUUUCCUGGGUUUGUUUCGAAACCAGAACUGUUUCACGAAUCUGUGGCUGAACAUGAAGAGGAUUCAAAGGAUGAGUGAUCAAGAUGGUCAUACGAACCAGGAGACUAACAAGUACAAGCAGAUACUUUAACUAUAUGAAAGAAUAUUUCAUGCUGACACAUUUUAUGACCUCUCCCCCAGUUAGUUUCCAAAUCUGAGCGAAGGUUCCUGGCAGCUGAGUGCUGCCCUCUGGAGGGAGAGGCAGGAAGACACACGGCUACACACCACAGCUUCCUGCAUCAGAAGUCUUUGGUUUGGGUUUUUUUUCCUGUUUGGGGAACCAGUGUCAUUUAGAAAAAGACACAUUUCUUCCCUUGUCGUGUUAAAGAAAUUAACAAAUCAAUUGAAACCCUGGUAGAUUUCCGUGUAGCUGUUGGGUAUUAGUUAGUUUACCUAAUAAAAACUCUGUGCUAAACUCUGUGACAUUAACAGGCACAAUGUAUAUAGAAAAGUUACGAAAGACUUAACGCACAAACAACCUAAAGAAGUUCUGCUUUAGAAGAAACCUUAAUGUGUACAUUUAAAGAAGAAACAUCUCUUCUAUUUAACAUGAUUUGAAAACAAGAAAUGUCCACAAUGACAUAGGUCAUUGUUUGUUUAUAAAAACCGAGAUCUACUCUAUUAAACAUACUAUUGAGGUUUUGAACUUACAAAUAUUAGUACAAAAAUCAGUAAAUAUUUGUAAGGUGUGUUAAAUUUAUUGGUGAAAACACAAAAUAUGGUGCAUUGUAUACCAGUAACAAUGACACAAAGAAUCUAUAAUUACCCUAAACUUUAAUUGUAUUUGUGUUAUUACAACCAGAUUUAAUUAGGAAGCUUUUUUUUGUAGAUUUAAUUGACUUUAAAUAUAAAAAUUGUCUCUGUAUUUUUUUAUUUUUGAACAAUUAAAGGGUGAAUAACUAUUAGAGCACUCGAGCUAUUAAGACAUUUGUUUUAAAUUGACAAAAGCACUUAAGUGACAAAAAGCUUUCUUUUUAAAAACAGAAUUUAGAUUUGUAAUAUCCGUAUGCAUUAAUGCAUGGACUCUGGAAAGGUUUGUUGUUGAUUUUUAACAAACAUAUAAUGCUGUGAGAAACACAAACAAAUAAAUGUUUAACUGAAAGUAAACUGCAGCGUAGCAGGCUCGACGUUUAGAUAAAUUGAUUUGUACGUACUUAGCCUCAAAUAAAUCGUCAGAAUUAGCUGUAUGUUUGUAGCCUCUCCCCCCAUGUGCAAAGACAUACAUGCAUGAGAAGACCAUAUUAAAAGUGAGUAUAAAAAGAAGAGCGUUGCUCAUACAGUAUGUGUUUGUAAUUUCUGGCUGAAUCCCAAGUAACCACUUGUUGACUUGUUAGUUUUAGACAUAAGAACACUGCCUGGUUCAUUGAAUUUAGUCCUCAAGUGAAAUAUGAUUUAAUACAAAUGCAGUACAUUUUUUCUAUUCAACAUUGACAUGAUAUUUUCAGGAAAUCUUUAUUGCCAAACAUACUGUACUUCACGGUAAACUGCCUCUUAGUCUCUGAAGUAAGUCAUUCAGAGGAUUUCUCAUUGGUUUUCCCUCAAUGUGCUUCGAUGUUGUGCACAGUGAAAUGCAUGAUUGUGAUGUAAAUGUCUGCUUAUGUAGUGUUAGCUUCUAAUCCAAAGCACUUCUCUCUAUUGACUUGUAGGACUGAGUUAUCAGACAAAUAAUCUCAAAUUUAAAGUAGAGAUUUUGGCCUUUGUUUUCCAACAUGCUUUCCCAUUUUCUAGGUACAAUAUUGUAACGUAACUUCCUCAAUAGUUAUAGACUAUUUUACAGACAUAAGUGAUUAUCUCUGUCAUGACAUGACAUUUUGUCUCACAAAAUUCCCCCCUCAUUUUGUUGGGUGAUGCCAUACAACAUACUAUUUUAACGAAGUUCUUGGGUCUGUUGUUUUGGGUUUGGGGAAGAUAUAAAAGACCCUGAACUCAGAGAUUUCAAUAUUCAUGAAUACCUUUUCAGAUUAGUCCAUAUAGCAAAUAGUUUUCAGACAUGAGUGAUACUUCAAUCAAGGUUCUUCAUUAGUCUACUGUAGACAUUUCAUUAACGGCUCAUAUCUAAACUCAGCAUGUGUUCAGUUUUUCUUUCAUAUAGAAAUCGCCUUCCUGCAGUGUUCAACCCAGUAUUAGCUCUUGUACCUGGAAAUAAGCUGUAGGGUUGGAAGAUGGAAAAUGUUUCCUGAUUGUCUGCAGGCAGGUGGACAAGUUGACUGUUUUAGAAAAUGGAAAUAUGCAGAAUGAGUAUGAAAGUGUCAAAUGUUUCCCUUCAGGUGGAUUUAAAAGUCUUUAAGGAGUUCUUUGUGGUCGUUGGCAGAAACGGGUUUGCUGACUUUUCACUGCAUUUGCCUUAAAACAUCAUUUUGCUGCUAACCCCAGUUUGAUGCUCAUCUAAUCUCCUGUUCUGUUCCAAGAUCUUUGUAUCCCUGACUGUGUUUUGAAAGUUGUACCAGGUAAUCAUACCUCAGUUCUGUUGACAAUCAGUGUUUUAUGGACACCAACUCCAAAAUAGCACAACAGUGGUUUAAAUAUUGCCUGACAGAAUGUAUUCCUACAUUGUGCUGUUGAUAUUCUCAGUAUUACACCUUAACUUUGACGAUUAUUUCACUCAUUUGAUUAAAGGGAUAUUUUUCUUGAGGUUCACUUCAUGAUGGCGCAAACAUUUUCAGUGUUUUUGUUUUCUCCGCUAUCAUCAGAGAUUGAAUGUUAGGUUUGCGACGAUAUAAGCUAACAGUAACUGUCUGUUUUUGACAAAGCAGCUAAAGCUCAGUCUGAUGUUCUGAUGUAUUAAACAGUUGAUUAAGUGUUUAAUAAACAAGUUGAUUCUA